AUGCUUAAAGCUUUUGCUGAGAUACAGCAGCAGCAGCAGCAGCAACAGCAGCAGCAGCAGCAACUGCAGCAGCAGCAGCAGAAAACGCAGCAGAAAAUGCUGCUGAAGCAGCAGCAACAGGAGCUGCAGCAGCAGGAAUACCAGCAGCAGCAGCAGCAGCAGCAGUACCAGCAGCAGCAGGAGCAGCAGCAGGAGCAACUGCAGCAGCAGCAGCAACAGCAGCAGCAGCAGCAGCAGCAGCAGCAGCAGCAGCAGAUAAACAACUAG